AUGCUCGUACAGCCGCUAAGACUUGAUAUAAAGAGGAAGUUGACUGCGAGGUCUGAUCGCGUCAAGUGUGUAGAUCAGCAUCCUACAGAACCCUGGCUUCUAUGUGCGCUUUAUGAUGGCGACGUCAACAUUUGGAAUUAUGAAACACACACGCAGAUUAAAAGAUUUGAGGUUUGUGAUCAACUACCUGUUAGGUCUGCAAAGUUUGUGCCUAGAAAGAAUUGGGUGGUCACAGGCUCUGAUGAUAUGCAGAUAAGGGUUUUUAAUUAUAAUACUCUUGAGUGUGUACAUUCAUUUGAGGCACAUUCUGAUUAUAUCAGAUGUAUUAUUGUACAUCCCACACAACCCUUUAUUCUUACUAGCAGUGAUGAUUUGUUGAUAAAAUUAUGGAAUUGGGAACGCAACUGGGCAUGUCAGCAAGUUUUUGAAGGACACACUCAUUAUGUAAUGCAAAUUGUUAUUAAUCCCAAAGACAACAACAUGUUUGCUAGUGCCAGUUUAGAUACAACAGUAAAGGUUUGGCAACUGGGUGCGUCUAUAUCAAACUUUACAUUGGAGGGGCAUGAAAAAGGAGUUAAUUGUGUGGACUAUUAUCAUGGAGGAGACAAGCCUUACCUUAUUAGUGGUGCUGAUGAUCGCCUUGUAAAGAUAUGGGACUAUCAAAAUAAAACUUGUGUUCAAACAUUAGAAGGUCAUACACAGAAUGUAUCAGCAGUUUCAUUCCACCCAGAGCUGCCAAUCCUUUUGACUGGAUCAGAAGAUGGCACAGUUAGGCUCUGGCAUGCAGGAACAUAUCGCCUGGAGUUUUCUCUUAACUAUGGGUUUGAGCGUGUGUGGACAAUUUCUUCUUUACAUGGCUCUAACAAUGUAUCAAUUGGGUAUGACGAGGGUACCAUAAUGAUAAAAAUUGGAAGGGAAGAGCCAGCUAUAUCAAUGGAUGUCAGUGGAGGCAAAAUCAUAUGGGCCAAACAUUCUGAAAUGCAGCAGGUCAACUUAAAAGCACUCCCCGAAGAUAUUGAUAUUAAAGAUGGAGAACGUGUGCCUGUUGUUGCAAAGGAUAUGGGCUCAUGUGAGAUAUAUCCACAGACAAUUCAGCACAAUCCCAAUGGACGUUUUGUGGUGGUAUGUGGUGAUGGAGAAUAUAUUAUUUACACUGCCAUGGCCUUACGCAACAAAGCUUUUGGGUCCGCCCAAGAAUUUGUCUGGGCACAGGAUAGCUCGAAAUACGCUACAUUAGAAAAUUCAAGCACUAUCCGUGUCUUUAAAAAUUUUAAAGAAAUAAAGAGUUUCAAGCCAGAAUAUGGAGCUCAAGGGAUCUUUGGUGGCUGCAUGUUAGGUGUGAAGUCAAUAAGCGGUAUGGCCUUCUCGUUUUAUGACUGGGAACGACUAGAACUGAUAAGAAGAAUAGAAAUUCAACCUCGUUAUGUCUACUGGUCGGAGCCUGGAAAUUUGGUGUGUCUCGCCACAGAUGAGUCUUAUUUCCUCUUGAGUUAUAAUGCCAGUGUUGUUAACCUCUCACGGGAGACAAACACCAAUAUUACUGAAGACGGCAUAGAAGAUUCUUUCGAUCUUGUUGGUGAAGUGAAUGAAGUUGUGAAAACUGGUCUGUGGGUUGGCGACUGCUUCAUCUACACAAAUUCAUUGAACAGAAUUAACUAUUAUGUUGGUGGAGAGAUAGUUACAAUAUCACACCUCGAUCACACUAUGUACAUUUUGGGAUACGUUGCGAAGGAGAAUCGGUUGUACUUAAAUGACAAGGAGUUGAACGUAGUGUCGUAUUCAGUUCUUCUCCCAGUUCUUAAUUACCAGACGGCAGUAAUGCGACGUGACUUUGAAACUGCUGAUCAGAUCCUGCCCACCAUUCCUCAUGAGCAUCGCACUAGAGUCGCACAUUUCCUUGAGAAGCAGGGCUUCAAACAGCAAGCAUUAGCGGUGUCGACAGAGCCAGAACACAAGUUUGAGCUGGCUUUAUCGUUAGGUGAACUGGAAAAGGCCAAACAGUUGGCCGAGGAAGCCACCAUUGCUGAGGGUCUGCCUUCCGAAACGUCUGCAGCCAGAUGGUCGAGGCUCGGUGCGGCUGCGGCUGCGGCAGCCGAUACUGAACUAACGAAGGAUUGCUAUCAGAAUGCUAAAGAUUUCAGUGCCUUACUUCUCUUCGCCAGCAGUACAGGUGAUGGAGAACUAUUGGAAGAAGUAGCAAAUCGCUCUGCUGAAGAAGGCGAAGACAACAUCGCCUUCGUAACUUAUUUUAUGUUGAAUGACCUUGACAAGUGCCUUGAACUACUAAUUAAAGCGAACAAACUGCCCGAAGCCGCAUUUUUUGCCAGAUCAUAUAUCCCUUCACAAGUCAACGAAGUAGUGUCAUUGUGGCGUGACGUGGUCGGCUCCACGAACAAAAAGUCCGGACAAUCCCUCGCCGAUCCUUUUAAAUAUGAAAAUCUUUUCCCCGAAUACGAUGAGUCCUUGGUCCUGGAAAAAUUUCAACGGGAAAAGGGCUAUUCUCAGUACAAUGAUUUGUCAAAUACGAUUAAUUCAACAAGUCGACAGGCAGCAAGCAACGUAGAUCGAGAAAUUUCAGCUGAAAUGGAAGAGAUUACGAAACGACUGGGGCCUGCCCUUGACUCUGUAAUUAAUUCACCAAUGUACUUUGACGCUGAAUCGGCCGAAGGAUCGCCGGACCAAAUGGAUAAGAUCGCGAAACGCAAAGAUUCUCUCGACAUCGAAGAGAUUGUCAGAGAGGUCGAUGUUUUGUUGGAAGACACACGUUUAAGCCCGGACCUGCUGGAUGACGCGGACGACCUGUUUGACGGAAUAGAAUAG